AUGUCAAUACCCAAUAGUAAAAGAUUCGCUGUCACUAAGACAGAUCUUCCUCCAUGUUGCCUACGCAUUCAUCCCGAAAACUCGACACAAAUUAUUAUUGGAACUUACAAACUAGAAGAUAAUGGGACAAGACAUGGUUCAUUAAACUACUACCAUUACGAGAACAACGAAUUCACAUUAAGACAAUCAUUCCCAACACCAGGAGCAAUUCUAGACGUGAAAUUCAAUCCUAGAGACAGUACGAAGAUUCUCACAGUUGACUCAAUUGGUCAUGUCAUAUAUUGGAACUUCGAAAAUGACCAACUCUCAAUUCUCAAUGACAAACAAGUCACCGACUCCGACGAUAUCCUUAUCACAUCCUGUCUCUUCUCCCCAACAGAUCCAGAAUCAGUAUUAUUAACAUUCACAGACGGGACAAGUGCACUCUUCAACCUUAACAGAUUCGAAAUCUCACUUUGGUUAGAUACCCAACACGAACUCGAAUGCUGGACCGGAGCAUUUGGAGAAAUAGGCGAGUUGAGCAAUGUGGUGUAUACAGGUGGAGACGAUUCUAGACUAAUAGCACAUGAUUUGAGAUCGGGGGAGCAUAUUUGGACAACUUCAAGAAAUCAGCAUGAUGCAGGUGUGGUGUCGAUCCUCUCACCGGGUCCGGAUUGGAACACAACCAAUCCACAUACUUUAUGGACCGGGUCGUAUGAUGAUCAAUUGAGGGUGUUUGAUUUAAGAGUAAUGGAUAAGGGGAAUCCAAGUCUUUUGCCAGGAUAUAUACCUAAACUACUCCAUCUGGAGAAUUUGGGUGGUGGGGUAUGGAGAUUGAUCCCUAGUCCGGUUAGUGGUGAUGAUAGAGUAUUGGUAUGUUGCAUGUAUGACGGAGCAAGGAUUGUUAAUCUUGACGAACAAUCACAUUUCACUGUCGAUAGAUAUUUUAAACGAGAUCAUGAGAGUAUGUGUUAUGGAGCCGAUUGGUCCCCUGAUGCCAAAUUUGUAGCAACUUGUUCAUUCUACGAUAAUGUCGUACAGACGUGGUCCCCGGAUGAAAUAGAUACAUAG